AUGUCGGAAGUUUCGGGUGAAAAUCAACAAACACCAACUAGUGCUGGUAGUGAAUCAGGUGAUAAAAAUGUUGUAAGCACAACAACAGCAGCACCGGAACAAAUGGAAGCUCAACCAGCUGUUGAUUCAGGUGAGCAACAAUCAAAUGAUAAGCAAGCAUCAUCGGCUGAUGCAACAAAGGAAAAUACUUCAAGUUCGCAACAACAAUCAGGUGAAAAGACCAAACCUGAUUUAUCAACAUUACCAACACGGGCUUAUCUUGACCAAACUGUCGUACCAAUUCUUCUUCAAGCAAUGUCUCAACUUGCUAAAGAACGGCCUGCUAAACCAAUUAGUUUUCUCGCUGAAUACUUAGUUAAUCAUAAAGAAAAAUACAAUGAAUAA